UUAACCUUAAGCUUGGACACAAUCCUAAACAAACUCUAUGUCUAGAUGAAUGUUCAUUUACUUAACACAAUUCAAACAUCAAAUGUCUUUGGUUGAAUAAUAUGAAAGCAAUCAUAACUAGCAAGUCCAAUGGCUAUCUUAGCACCUCUAACAACAAAUGUCUUUGGCAAAGUAUGCUAAAAGCUAAGAAGAGUUGUCUCGGGCAUUUCCUCGAACACCUUUCGGGGGGAAAUGCCUAAGGUUCAACUACUGAGUGGCCAACUCAGAAGAUGCAUUAUGCUCACUCAACUAGCAAGGAAAUAUGAAUGAUCUACACUAAAACAUCCUAGUUCUGAUCUAAUCACCCUCAAUCUCCCUAACCCAUGAAUUCAAAAGGUGAUUACUCACUAAUCUCCAUGAUUCUUCUUAAACCCAUGUUGGAUUUCAGAUUAAUCAUGUAGAGAAACACAGGAAAAAUAGAUAAGAACACAGAAUUCUCAAUAAUAAACUGAUCAAUUGAUUCAAAGAGAUGACUUUCCAAAGGUUUUUGGUGGUUUUUCUAAGAACAAAGAUGAUCUCCCUCUUGGUGGCUCCUAGAGUAUUAAAACAUAGGUUUAGAAAAUAAAAACGUGCAUAAUGAAAUGACCAAAAGGCCCUUGAGAAAUCACAAAUUCGAGUAGAAAUAAAACGCGCAGCGACCUCAGCCCGUCGCUCCGACAAGUCGCUCCAGGCUUCGGGAGCGACCUCGCUGUGUCGCUGCGAGAGGUCGCUCCGGGCUCGUUCUCGCGUCUCCGGGUGAUGAAACCGCGAGCGACCUCAGCCCGUCGCUCCGACAAGUCGCUCCAGGCUUCGGGAGCGACCUCGCUGUGUCGCUGCGAGAGGUCGCUCCGGGCUCGUUCUCGCGUCUCCGGGUGAUGAAACCGUGAGCGACUUCUCCCUGUCGCUCCCAUAACGUCGCUCCCAGCUGGAGCGAUCUCGCUGUGUCGCUCCGAGAGGUCGCUCCGGGCUCGUUCUCGCGUCUCCGAGUGAUGAAACCGCGAGCGACUUCUCCCUGUCGCUCUGGUUAGGUCGCUCCAGUAGGGUGAUCAGAGCGACUCGGUGGUGUCGCUCCGGACUGGUCGCUCCCAUGCCUUGCUCGCCCAAUGACCACUCUAAACACUCCUUUUUGAGCUCCAAAUGCCUCCAAGUGUCUCCAAGAACUCCAUGUGGUACUCCAAUACCUGAUAAGGACUCAUGUAUGCAAAAUGCAACCUAAACAUGGCUAAAUCCUAAUCUAUAUGAUCAAAAUGCACAUGGAUGAAUGGAUAAAACAAUAGAAAUAUGCAAGAUAUCACAACCACAACGGUAGCACCAUGUGAGUCCUUAGCAUGCUAACCUAGGGAAAUUGUAUUAGAAUAAUAGUAUUUAAGUUAAAUAACCUAAGGAUCAAUCCGUAAAUAAGGAUUUAGCAGAGUUGAUCCUUAGCAACGUGGCAUGAUUUGAUUCGUUUGGUCGGCUUUUGCGUUUGGUAUUGGAAAAAAAAUCAUUUUCGACGGAAGACGAAAAAAAAAGGAGAGCUCUCGAGGAUAGGCGAUUCGAUAUGUCGGAACACGAAGGUAAAUCGACGCCUUCUCAUGGGGAUUUUUGGAUUUAGAUUAGGUUCGAUGUUGUAUUUCUCUCAAUUUAGGGUUGGGUUCUCGAUUUUCAAUUGAUUUGGAGAUUUUUUCGUAUGAAAUUAGGGUUUCAAACGAUUUGGGUUUUCAAUUGAUUUGGGGAUCUUUUCGUCUGUAGUUAGGGUUUAUACACGAUUUUGAUUUGAAACGAUUUGGGGAGGUUCUCGUUUGUUUUACCGUCGAUUAUUUACAACCGAGAUUUGAAACGAUUUGGAGAGCUUCUCGUUUGUUCUUAAUCUUUGGUCAAAACCCAUAUUGGUUACAUUUGAUUUACGGUUUCAAAACCCAUUUUGGUUUCAUUCGAUUUGUAAUAGUUGCUUUCAUUGCUCUUAAUGCUAUGUGAUAAUCUGUUGUCUUAGUUCGUCUCGCUCGUUGCUCUAAUUCCUUGCAUUUCGUUGCUAUAAAACGAUUUGUGUAUAAAACGAUACUUGUUUCACUCGAUUUGGGGUUCUUCUCGUUUCUUCUUACGGUUUCAAAUCCCAUUUUGGUUCCAUCCCAUUUUCGGAAUCUUAACGGUUUCAAAACCUUUUAGGUUUAUAUGUGUUCGCUUUCAUUCGGUUGCUUCUGAUAUUGUUUACAUUCGUUUCUUGUUUGCAGAUGGCGAACCCGCAUGAACCUCAUUUCUUCAAGCCUCUGCUUCCUGGUUUCCACAGUGGCGUCGUAGACACACUCUCUCUAUUUCUCCUCUGUAUAUGUUCCUAUUUUGGAGUUUUGCUUAACUUUGCCUUUUCUGACUUGCAGACAAUACCACUUGGCUUCUUCUCAAAGCACAUAAAAGGAAAGAUGAACCAGAAAAUAUGGAAACUAAGAUCGGACACUUCAGAUAAAACUUGGGAAGUGAUACAAGAAGGCAGGAGACUCACCGGAGGUUGGAAAGAUUUUACCACAGCACAUGACCUUCGAAUCGGUGACAUUGUCAUCUUCAAACACGAAGGAGACAUGGUGUUUCAUGUCACUCCUUUUGGUCCUAGCUGUUGUGAGAUUCAGUAUACACAUCCUCACAUCAUCAAGGAAGAAGCCGACGCGGAUGAUGCUGCGGAUGAUGCUGAUGACAAUGAGCAUCACCACAAGAUUAGUAAGUUUCAAUCAAAGUUCACCGUAAUUGGGAGGAAAACUUGUGGGAUGUUUUUGACGUGGAAAAUUGUUUCUUAUAUUUCAGGAGGAACAUGGGCAAUGUCUUCUUUCUCAUUCGACUACUGUUUUUUAGCUGAGGUCACUGCUUCAAAUCUAAAAGAAGACAAACUUCAUCUUCCUGUGGGAGCUACGAGUUCUACUGCUUUGAACAAACAAUGCCAAGAGAUGAUACUAGUGAACAAAGAGGGAAAUUCAUGGACUGUGAGUUUACAAUUUAGCGAAUCAGGCGGCAUGUAUUACAUCGGAAGAGGCUGGAGAAAGUUCUGUCUUGAUAACAGAUGCGACAUAGGAGACUUAUUUGUGUUCAAUCUGAUUGAAGAUGGGAAAACUACUCCAUUGAUGUGUGUAUGUUCGGAAAGCAAAGAGUGUUCUGAACUACUGAGCAAACACUUGAGCAGAAAGAAGAAAGAGUGUUGAGUCUUCUCCAUUGACUUGCUUGAGACUUAUGUCUUUGUUGAUGUGAAAUAUUUCUCACGUCUUUGUUCACUCAAACUUAUGUCUUUGUAAUCUACUCAAACGAAUUCUCCAAAUUAUGUCUUUGUAUUGAUAUUGCUCUAAGCUUCUGUUAACAUCUUCUACUCUAGCCUUUAACUAAUUUGAAGUAGCCUUUGUGUUCAUAGUUCUAAAUCGUUGAUUUCAUUAAUAGUUGUAGUUCUAAACUUGUAGAGUUCUAAAUCGUUGAUUUUAUUGAUAGUUGUAGUUUUAAACUUGUUGAGUUCUAAAUCGUUGAUUUCAUUGAUAGCUAGUUGUAAUUCUAAACUCGUCGAGUUUUAAAUCGUUGAUUUCAUUGAUAGUUGUAGUUCUAAACUCGUAUCUUCUUUUUAUACUUGUCGAAAGUUUUAUACUUGUUCUAAACUAAGAGUUUUAUACUUGUUCUAAAAAUAAGUAUACAAACUAAUUUGCUAAUUAUUGUAUCUUUAUGUUUAAUUUUUUUUUCCUAAGGACUCGUAAUUGGAGUCCACCAUUGGACGGACUUUUAUGCUAAGAGUCCUUAACUAUUCAAAAAAAAAAGUAUAAUACUUUAAUAAUGGCUAAGGACUCCCCCAUGAGAUCCACCAAUGUGGAUGCUCUAAGUUCGUAAAGAAUGGCACCACAUUAAGUUAAUCGAAGGGUCCUGUUUGGACUACUAGAAAAAGGAAACACUAUUUUAGUUUACCAAUCGAAGGGAGUGAUUGGUAAGUGCUAUGAGUGCUUUCCACAUCUCAUUUUUUUUCUACAUCCACUUUACUUUACCAAUCAUGUUUUAAGAAAAAAUUUAAAGUUACAGCUAUAAAAACUAAAAUAGAAAACAAAAUAGCUUUGGAAAUCAAUUUUUCUAGAGCUUUAUAUUUAGUGCUCUAAAAAUAAUUAAUCUAUAGGUACAACAAGAAAAUCUACAGCUAUUAUUCUAAAACCAAAAAAUAAAAGCCACAACACUUACCAAUU